UCCCUUUAAAAAGAAAAAAAAAAUUAAAAAAAAAGGUUUGUCUAGUGGUUUUGCUUAUAAUGAAAUUCGAUUAGUAUAGUACAGAACGAAGUAUAAAUAUAUAUAAAAUGUAGUGACUACACCGAGGUCAAAGAUGAGAAACGAACUAGCCUGGAUAACUGAGAUCUUGCCUAAUUUUAGUGAGGUCCCACUCAGCAUUCAGGAUAAAUUAUUUUAUAAAAUUGCUAAAAUUAUUUGAAGAAAGGAUGUUUAAGAAGAAUUAAUCAAAACCAAAAGAAACGUUUCUAAACGUUUUAUCAAAAAUGAAUUUUGAAGAACUGGCAAAAAUAGUAGUCGAGGCUGUACAAGAAAAUAAUAAUCAGCCAAUAAAUACAAAUAAGAUCAAAACUCCUCGUGAACUAAGAAACAACAAAACAAAAGAGUACGUUUCAGAAAUGAUUGAUAAUUCUUCUUUUCAUGGAAUUAGUUAUAUAGCUGGUAAAGAAAACCAUUUUAUUCGACGAACGAUAUGGCUACUCAUAACAAUGACAGCUUUUGGUUACGCAGCACAAAAAGUGUAUGAAAGCACAGUUAACUAUUUUUCUUUUCCAAUUAGUACUACUCAAAUGAGAAUAUACGUUAAUGAAAUUGAUUUCCCGGCUGUAUCUUUCUGCAAUUUCAACGAAUUUCGGUUAAGCAAAAUGGACGGAACAAAAGUUGACCAAGCUAUUUUAAAUCCAAAAUUACAAGGACUGGUAACAGCUGAAGAAUACAGAAACGUGACCUUUGGAGCUAUGUUUGACUUAAAAGAAAUGCUUGUUGACUGUGAGUUUAACGGUAUACCUUGUUCUGAUGAAAAUUUUACCAUGUUUAGUUGGAUGCAGGGAGAACGUUGUUUCACAUUCAACUCAGGAAAAUUUCCUCAUAAACUUUUAAAGAUUGGUGGUGCAGGAAUGAAAAGAAGCUUGAAAAUCACAAUAAAUAUUAUCCAUUACGAAUACUAUAAAGACGAAAUGGAUGCGGCUAUUCAUAUGAUAGUACAUGGACAGCAAGACACUCCACUCAAAAUGCGCGGCCCUACAUUAUCACCUGGUUUUACAACAUAUAUCCAAUUAGAAAAAAAGAUGAUUAUUAACUUGGAAGCUCCUUAUAAAACAAAAUGUGGUUCUUUAAAGUUAAAAUAUUUUGAUAGUUAUUCAUUAGACACAUGCUGGCUUGAACAACUUACAGAUCAUGUUCAUAGUGUUUGUAAAUGCAAAGACUUUUUUAUGCCAGGUGAUAUUCCAAUAUGUUCAUUAAAUGAUGCAAUGAGCUGUAUGUGGCCAGAAUGGGCAAGAUUCGACCAGUUGAAAAUGCAAAAUUGUCCCUUACCUUGUGUAAUCGACUCUUACAAGUUGAGUCUUUCUCGAGCGCUAUUCCCAUCACCUCAAUAUGCUGAUUCACUUACAAAUAGUCUUCAACAGCCUCCACAUAUUAUCAAUUCUAUAAAAAAUAUUAGUGACAAAGUUCAAUUUGCAAGAGACAACCUACUUCGAUUUGUUAUUUACUAUGAUGAUUUAUCAUAUGAAUUGAUUGAACAAAAGCCAAGUUAUGAUACUUUGGUUUGGUUAGCUAGCUCCCACUAUGCAAACUCAGUCCACGCCGACCUCAGAGACAAAAAAGUCAAUUUUGUACAAAAACAAGACAACCCAGCAAACGUCCCGAAAGUCAGGCCAAUUGAGGAUUUUUGGGGAUUUUUGAAGCAGAAAGUGUAUGAGAAGGACUGGCAGGCUAAAACUAUCACUCAACUCAAAGCUAGAGUCAGUCUUUGCCUUCGUAAUUUGGACAAAGACCUUAUACACCGCACCUUCAGCUCGGUACACAAAAGACUCGAUUUUGUCAGAAGGAAUGGAAUCGAAAAACUUUAAAAGACAUUUUUUCUAACACUUAAAAUUGUUGUUUAUAAAAUGCAAAAAACCGUUUUAAAAAAAAUUGUAAAAUGACUGAGAUAUCUUGUUUUAAAAGUUGGGCAAAAUUUUAGU